UAAAUUACGGAACAAAUAUUGAUAGGCAGCGAGUGUUGUGUCGUUGAUCACUAGGCUAUAAUGGCAAAUUUUAACAAUCCGAACGAUUAUUCUUGGCAAACUCAACAGAACAACCCAAAUUAUUCAUUCAAUGGUGCGAACACUUUUGGGGACUCACAGACAUUAGAUUUUCAGACUUUUCCAACAGACCAGCAAAACUACAAUUUCGACCAACAAGGCUCUAUUCCCGCCAACAACAACCAGUACUACAAUCCAAAUCUAUUUACUCCGGCACCCAUCCCUGGUGAACCAGCUGCAGAGACCAAUGAAUUUGAUGAACCACCACUUUUGGAUGAGUUAGAAAUAUACCCAGAUAGAAUUCUAGAAAAGACAUUAGCUGUACUAAAUCCUUUUCAUGGACAAUCAAAGGCAGACGAUGCAAAUUUCUUACUAAGAGAUACUGACAUUGCAGGCCCGAUUGCCUUUUGUUUAGCCUUAGCAGUGUGUUUGUUUCUAUCAGGGAAUAAAGCACAUUUUGGUUAUGUGUAUGGCUUAUCAAUGUUGUCAGUUAUUCUGAUGUAUUUCUUACUUUCACUAAUGAGUCGUACUGAAGGUGUAUUUACUGUAUUGAGUGUUGCAAGUGUACUUGGUUACUGUAUGCUGCCAAUGGUAGUAUUAGCUGGUCUUGGCAUCUUUAUUUCUCUUGAAGGGACUGUGGGUUUGUCUCUAUCUGCAAUAGCAGUUAUUUGGUCAGCUCUAUCAGCAAGCAGAUUGUUUGUUACAAUGUCAGGAGAUUCUGAACAGAGACCCUUAAUAGCCUACCCUUGUGCCUUAGUUAACGGUGUGUUUGCUUUAUUAGUUUUAUUUUAGAAAAUAAAAGACACAAUGUAAAAACAGUGCAAUGAAUCAUGUUAUUCAUAAUCAUCUCACAUUUGUAAUAAAACCUAUAAACAUUUAAGUUUACAUGUGUAUUACCUUGGAUAAUAAAUA